AAAGACAUUGGACUACAUACAGAGGAGGCUGGAAAUGGAACCAAUGAAGUUCAAUAGCACAUCUCUUGCAAGUGAAACUUUGGAUUCCCUCGAGUUUAGAAGGGUGGUAGUCAAAGGAAUUUUUGAUGAGGGAAAAUCAAUCUAUGUUGGUCCACGUUCUAGAAGCAUUUCAGGCGUGACUGAGAAUGGUUACUAUGUAAUUACCCCCUUAAUGCCACUCCCAAACAAUCCUGAGAGUGUGCAGUCACCAAUUCUGGUCAAUAGGGGAUGGGUUCCCCGUAGCUGGAGAGAAAAACCUCAGGAAGUUUCUAAAGAUGCAGAGCAGCCUUCAAAUAAAGCAUCUCUUUCCCUUGCACACAGUGAUAGAGGCUCCUGGUGGAAGUUUUGGUCAAAGAAGCCUGAAAAUGUUGAGGAUCAAGUUCAUGCUGUUACUCUUGUAGAAGUUGUUGGAGUAAUUCGUGGGAGUGAGAGGCCUAGCAUAUUUGUUCCAGCAAAUGAACCAGAUUCUUCUCAGUGGUUCUAUGUUGAUGUUCCUGCAAUUGCUCGUGCUUCUGGACUUCCUGGAGAUACCAUCUACAUUGAGGACAUUAAUGAAAACGUCAACCCAAGCAACCCUUACCCAGUUCCGAAGGAUGUAAAUACCUUGAUACGCAGUUCAGUCAUGCCACAGGACCAUCUAAAUUAUACAUUGACGUGGUAUGCUUUUUACACCUUUUUACGUAUUACUGCAAAAAAGACAAGCUUUUUAGGGGAAAAAAAUCUGUGGAAACUAAAACCAAGAUGGCUUCAAAUUCUCAGUUUUUCUCGGCUAAGACGAGGCAUUAGAUUGAUCCUGGAUUUAUCUGUUGAGUCCUGCAUGCCAGAGUCUGAAUAUGAGUGUGCUUAUCGAGGAAGAAUAAUAUUUCUUUUUCUAUUUUUUUUUUUGCUUUUGAGCUUAAAUAAUAAAAGAAUAAAGGAAUUCAAGAUGCAGAUGAAGCUUCAGAAUGUCGUGAAUGUGCUGUGUGAUUUAAUACUUGAAAGUAGUCAAUGGAAAUUUCUGUUUAUAGAGUUUUAUAUCCAUUUAAUCUUCUUAAUUUUAGGAGUAAAUAACUAUAUAAUCAAUAGUAAUAACUCUUAAAA